AUGUCGGCCCAGCCGCCCCGCGACAACUAUCAGUACUUGCUGUCGGAUUCGCUGCAUUCGCUCAGCAUGCCUUACUCGUUCCACCACCGGCUGCCGUGCAGUUCGCCAUCGUCCGUACAGCCGAUGGAUCUCAACACACAUUCGGCCGCGUCGGCGGCUGCGGCGGCGGCUGCUGCCGCGUCCGCUGCCGCCUACAGCCAAUCGAUCAACAUGACCGACCUGUCGCAGAUGACUCCCCCGAGUGCGGCAGCUGCGGCGGCCGCUGCUGUCGCUGGGUUGCCCCCGGUUCCGACACGCCACCUGCCCAUCAUUACCAGUGCGAUAACGGGUGGUGGCGGUGCGGGGGGUGGUGGUGCCAAUGGUUCGACAGCCGCCGGGGCGACUAACGAGCUGGAGCCGGCGAGUGUUGUGGCGGCGGCGAGCGCAGGAAGCGGUGGAGGUGGAGGAAGUGGCAGUAGUGGAUCAGCAAACAAUGGUCAGCAGCAGCAGCAGCAACAGCAACAGCAACAGCAGCAACAACAACAGCCGCCCCAGCAGAGUGGCGGCCAUUACAUUACGCGGCUAGAAUAA